CGAAUGCUCACUUGUGAGUCAGUUGGGCGCCUUAUGUAUCACUAGCGCCGAUUUAGUGAUCCAUCGCGUCAAACACCAACCAAGCAACGCGACACUCCCCAGCGCGAAUCGCCAUACAACCACCCUCACCACUACCACCAACCGCUCUCCCCACUGCCCAAGCCAGUACUCGCCAUGGCGACCACUCUCGACGCCGAAGACUGGUCUACCGAUGCGAACGACGCACUCUCCCUCACCUUGAUCUCUCCGAUCACCGGCAAACCCACUACUUCCGAGUUCGCACCGCUGUUCACGUACAGUCUCUACGGCGAGACGCAAGCGAUCUAUGGCUACAAGGACCUGAAGAUGCGGAUACUCCUCGCCGCAGACGACAUGACGCCCUGCGUUGACGUGACCUGGGCGGAAGUUGUGGAGCCUAUUGGGGGGGUUAAGGCUGAGGAUGUGUUGAUGCCGCUGAAGGAGUGUAUGCCUGCGUAUGCGUUUGAGCGCAACAUCGAAGAGUUCACCGACCACAUCAAGGCGGCUCGCGAGAGCAAAGUGUUCACACCACCGGGAAGGCUCCACAGCACCUACACGAGUUCCGGCCGAACCUUCGAAGCAUGGCGCUCUUCGAUCGACGAUGUCGACUGCCAGAGUGUACUGGAGAACUUGCAGUUCCUGGUACAACUCUACAUCGAGGGCGGCCAGGCUAUCGAUCUCGACGACGAGGAAUGGAGCAACAAGCGCUGGGAUGUGUUUUUCCUGUACGAGCGGAACCAGAAGGACAAUAUGUACUUGUUUGUGGGGUACUGUACUCUCUAUAGGUACUAUUACUUCCAUAGCCUUGUCUCGGGCCAGGUGCGCGUCAGGCUAUCGCAGUUCAUCAUCCUACCGCCGUAUCAGCGUGAGGGCCACGGAUCGAAUUUCUACGAUGCGAUUAUGCGACACUACCUCAACUCCUCCGAGGUCCGCGAGAUCACGGUCGAAGACCCUAGCGAGGAAUUCGGUGACCUGAGGGAUCUCCAGGACAUGACCAGGCUCAACAGAGACAAAGAAUUCCGCUCGGUUAAACUGGUCGAUGUUGCGACGAGGAAGUUCCCGUUGAAGGCGGUCCGAGAGAGAGCCAAGAUGCCCGAGCGACAGUUCCUUAGGUGUCUGGAGAUGCAGCUGCUGCGCGGCCUCAACAGGAAGGAGAAGAGGGCCCACAAGAUGUUCCGUCUCAUCGUCAAAGGACGCAUUUACAGACAGCAGGUCGAUGUUUUGGCGCAGCUGGCAAGGCUCGACAGGAUCGACAAGUUGGACGAGACGUUUCAUCACGUCGAGGACGACUACUUGCGCCUGCUGGAGAGCUUGAAGCACAAGAAACCCACCGAAGAAGAGGAUGAUGUUAAAGGGAAGAGGAUGGAGCCGUCGUCCCCGGAACAGAGGCCUUCGAAGAGAGCUAGGGUUGUUGCCAUUCGCGACGGUGGGGAUGACGAAGAAGAUAAGCUUUGAUUGCUUUGCACGUCGUUUCCUUUCCUUCACCUUUUCCAUACUUCCUUAGCAACUUUUUCUCCUGGUUAAUUGGGUUUACUGUUCUUUCCUUAUGAAUCACUACGCCUGUUCGGAUCAGAAGAGGUUCUUCUGUCCAUCCAUCCAUUUAUCUGUCUCUCGAUGUGUACUUUAGCCACUCCCAAGAUCACUCGAUUCAGACGUGUCGUCAUCAAGGGUCUAGCUAUCGGCUAUGCUGUGCAGCUGUAGAGCAAUAUGGGAUCGCGGAUCACCUCCCUUCCCUGCAGCAUCGGAUUUCACCAAUGAUCGAGCACUGAUAAACACGAC